AUGCAGCCUGCAUGCUCCGGGACUCAGAUCAGGCUCUGGGUUCUCUCCGAACAGCUCUGCCUGGCAAGUCCCGUCCCGCGGACCUCCAACAGCACCCCCGGCUCUGCCUCUCUGCGGCCCUGUGCCAUGCCAUUUGUGGACGACCCUGCGCAUCUCUCCAAAACCCGCCUAAAGUCAGAUUUAAUCGCCCACAAUGUCGAGCUGCCACCUGCGGCCAGCAAGAAGGAGGCUUACGUGGAGCUGCACCUGAGGCACAUCGAUCAGACCAACGCGGCGGAGUUUUCCAGCGAUGACGAGGAGCCGGUUCAAGAAGUGGCCGAGAAGGAAGAGGUUCCAGAAGUUGCAGAGAUGCCCGACCCCAGCACUUUGACUGACGAUGACCUCAAAGCCACAUUACUGAAACACGGGGUUAAAGCUGGACCUAUAGUUGCGUCCACCAGGAUGUUGUAUGAGAGGAAGCUCAAAAGCCUGGUCCAGAGCGGUGGACAUGGCGGAGUAAACGGGGCAGAGAAAGCCGCACUGUACUCAGACAGUGAAGAAGAGGAGGAUGAGGGAAACGGGGACGAGGAGGACAAAGAAUCGGGUACGGGAUUGGAACACAUGCAGCAAGAAGCGGUUGAGGAGCAGACCCAGCAACAGAGCGGCGAGCUUUCUGAGGAACCAGAAACGGAUAUUUUAAAGGAUCUGAUCCCUGAAAUCGCCACCACACCCACAGGAAUCUUCGCCACAUCUCGGCGGCCCAUCAAAGGAGCAGCGCAGAGACCCGUCCAGUAUGCGUACCCGGACACCCCCGUCAGCCCCGUCACCCUGGAGAGGCGGGAGGUGCAGCGGCGUCUGGUUCCCAUCCACGUUCAGAUUUUGGUCUUCCUGACUCUAGCAUUCAUCCUGUACUUCAUAUACGUCCAUGUUGAGGACAGCAGCUCCGUUUUGUCUUUGCUGGACAGUUUUAGUCAUUGCAGGCAGGCUACAAUGUCGGUUACAAAGUUGAAGAUACUUAAAUUAGCAAAGGUUUUUACUUGCAGCGUGCUCAUCACAGUAUUGGUGUUGUUCGUAACGGCCUGCAUCAGAACCCUGUCGCUGGAUGUGAAUGCGGGACUCCAGCUCGCACGCUGGGAAAAGACGAAUAACAUCUCGCUGGUCAUCACCCAACGUCAGAGAGAGGAGCUGUUUGCAAAUUUUAAAGAGGCUGUCAGAAUCCCCACGGUGUCAUUCUCCGACACGGAGAGCAACACCACCGCGCUGGGUGAAUUUGACAGGCUGCUCCGUAGAGCCUUUCCUACAGUUUUCUCUUCAAGCUUGGUUCAUCAUGAGCUGGUGGCUAAUUACAGCCACCUGUUCCGGGUGCAAGGAUCACAGCCUAACUUGGUGCCAUACUUGCUACUGGCCCACAUUGAUGUAGUACCUGCCACAGAGUCAGACGGCUGGGAGGCCCCACCAUUUUCUGCCAAAGAGAUCGAUGGCUUCAUCUAUGGUAGAGGGACCAUAGACGACAAAGGCCCACUAAUGGGAAUACUUCAAGCACUGGAGUACUUGCUGAUUAAAGACUACGCUCCCCGCAGGGGAUUUUACAUCGGCCUGGGUCACGAUGAAGAAAUCAGAGGCUACAACGGGGCGGUGAACAUUGUGCGCCUGCUGAAGCAGCGUGGCGUUAAGCUGUCUUUCGUGCUGGAUGAGGGCCUGGCCGUACUGGACGGAGUCAUCAGUGGUCUUGAAGGACCUGCCGCUUUAAUCGGGCUGAGUGAAAAAGGCUCAGCCACUGUGAAGCUUAGUGUGUCUAUGGCCCCGGGUCACUCCUCCAUGCCUCCCAGGGAGUCCACCAUUGGGAUAUUGGCAGCAGCAGUUAAAAGGCUAGAGGAGAACCCCAUGCCGAGGUUAUUUGGUUACGGGCCUGAACGCGACACCUUUGAACAUCUGGCCCACAAGUUCAGGCUCCCAGUGAAGUUCGUAAUGUCAAAUUUAUGGCUGUUUUCCCCAGUUCUCAGCAGAGUACUUGAAAGAAAGCCAGACACCAAUGCUUUUGUGAGGACUACCACAGCAGUCACCAUGUUUAAUGCAGGAGUAAAGGUGAACAUCAUUCCUUCCCAUGCUGAAGCUUAUGUAAAUCUACGGAUCCACUCUGCACAGUUAGUACAAGAGGUCAUGGACAUCAUACAGGAUACAGUCGGGGACCAGCGAGUGAAAAUAGAACUCAUAGAUGGAUUUGACCCUCUGCCUGUCAGCUCUUCUGAUGAGAAGUCCUUUGGCUAUCAGAUCAUCAAGAAAACUGUGUUGGACAUGUUUCCAACCGUUACAGUUGCACCAGGUAUCUGUAUCGGGAACACAGACAGUCGGCACUUCAAAGACUUGACCAAUGACAUUUAUCGCUUUGCUCCCAUCUGGUUUAAACCAGGUGAUGCUCAGAGGUUUCAUGGCAUUAAUGAAAGAAUUUCCAAAAAGAACUACGAGGAUAUUGUUGUAUUUUACUCCAAUCUCUUUCAAAACUGCGAUGUCCAGAAGCUCCCUGAGCCACACACCUCUGUCCAUGAGCUCUGA